UUUCCAUUUUAGCGGGAAUAAACAAGCUAACUCAAAACAGUUUAAUGAACUGACUGAUAGUGAUAAUCGAUUCAUUAAGAAAGCACAUAACAUAAAUCAAUAAAACUGAGAUAUCCUGAUUGAAUUGAUGACUAAUAUGUAAUACGCUAACUAUGUUUUAAAACUUAAUUUAAAGGAGCUAAAUAAUGUCGAAGAUUUUAGAUGAUAUUGAGAGUUAAUAGUACUGCUGAGUAGUUAUUGGCCUGAAAAUUGAUGGCCAUAGAUUUAUCAUCCUUCCCAUGUCUUGUACCACAAGAUGAAACUGGUCGAUGUUAUGAUGGAUAUUUGACGAUUGGUCAAAAUGAAUUUAGAAUGAAAUUGACAGUGCCUUCAAGCAACCUGAGUGAAACAGAAAUCGUAUGUGAAUGGAAAUUACAAGAAAUUAUAGAUGAAUAUAUGCCCAUCAUUCGACAGAGAUUGGUCCACUGCAAAGACUUGAACACGUUUCUGAAAGAAGUAAUCAGUAUUGUUGAAAGUAAGAUAAAGUAUGAGGAAUCACCAGAUAUCACAUGUAAUUUAACAAGUCAUAUUGUUACUGAGAUAGAAAAAAUAGGAUGGCACAAACUCGUUGCCAUAGAUACAAGUUUUCAUAGUGUUACCUUAAAAGCAUUGGACAGUCAACAGAGAGAACAUUUAUUGAAUAUAAAGUUAAAUUCCCAGUGUAUAAAUGCUGCACCUGUCACCACUACAUAUCUACCAUGCAUAUCCCUUUUCCACUGGAAUAAAGAGGAUGGCCUUGUUAGCUUAUUUAAUGAAUUUGAAUCUACGCUGAAAAACUACGAAGAAUUCUGGGAUGAAAUGGAAGAGAUUGAUACCUGUACAUGGGUUUUAGAACCCGAAAAACCCACUUAUGCAGCAGUUCAUAGAAGAAUAGCUAUUGGUACAAAUGCUUCUGUACAAAUAACUGUUGAUCCAAAACAACCCAAGGUUUUUCCGGAGUUUGUGUUUCUAGGUGCUGAUCAAAUUAUAAAUCCACUGAAAGAAAACCUGAACCAGAAUUUAUACAGAUGGGACAUAUCACGACAUUUAUUAGUUAAUCUAGAGACAGUUCUUGAUAUUAAAUUUCCCUCUCCAACCAACUCAAAAAAAGAAGAUUUUAGUGUAGAAUGUGGUAUUUGUUAUUGCUACCGUUUAGAACAAUUUACACCAGAUAUUGUAUGUGAUGACAAACGAUGUGGACAACCAUUUCAUAGGAUAUGUUUAUAUGAGUGGUUGAGAACACUUCCUUCCACCAGACAAAGUUUUAAUACAAUUUAUGGAGAGUGUCCAUUCUGUAAUAAGUCAAUUACAGUCAAGAUGCCUUUGUCUUAAUUGCUGUAAAGUGAACAUCCAGAUGAAAAGAUUCCAAUAUUCAAUCAUAUUGAUGAUCUUGCCAACUUUUAUGGAAUGAACUUCCAAUCUUCCAUGUAUCUAAUAAACUGUAUGUAAUAAAGACAUGUAAAUAUACUGUAUAGAAAUAAAUGACAGGUGUAAAAAUUA